AUGCCCUCCGGCCACUUCGGUCUCUGCACCGAAGUCACUCCCCAAUGUCCCGUGCAGGCGACGACGCUGGGCUAUUAUCCGAAUCGAGGCGCAAAUGUCUUCUUCGCGGUGGUGUUUGGUAUCUGUACGCUGGUGACGUUUUUGGUGGGCGUGAAUAGGAAGACGUGGACGUUUGCGUUUGCUGUUACGGCGGGGUUUGCGUUGGAGACUGUUGGCUACAUCGGCCGCAUAAUCCUCCACAACAACCCAUGGUCUUCGACCGGCUUCAAGAUCCAAAUCGUCUGCCUCAUCCUCGCGCCCACCCUCAUCUGCGCCGGCAUCUACCUCACCCUCAAACACAUCGCGCUGGCCAUCAGUCCGCACCUCUCCCGUCUCAACCCCCGUCUCUACACCUGGCUCUUCAUCCCCUUUGACAUCUUCUGUCUCGUCCUUCAGGGCGUCGGCGGCGGCGUGGACGCCUCGGCUGAAACGCACCCGAAACUGCUCCCGACGGGGAAUAAUAUCAUCAUUUCAGGUAUUGUGUUGCAGGUGGUGAUUCUGUCGAUUUUUGGACUGUUGUCGGUGGAUUUCUUCUAUAGGGCGAAGAGGUAUCAUGGUAGGGAUGGGGAUGGGGAUGGGGAUGGGGAUGGGGAGGUGGUGAUGGGAAAGAAGAGGGAACAGGCUCGUGUGUGGAGGGAUAGGAAGUUUAGGAUCUUUGUUGGGGCUGUUUCGUUGGCGUAUUUGGGGAUUUUGAUUCGUAUCGCUGAAAUGUCCGGUGGAUGGGGCAAUCCCGUCAUGCAGAAUGAGGGUCUGUUUAUUGCUCUCGAGGGAGUAAUGGUCCUCUACCCCGCUGUGCUCCUAUCCAUAUUCCCACCGGGAAUCUUCUUCCCGCAAAUGAGCAAAUUGCGCUCUGAUUAUGGGAAAGAAACUGCGCUGAAUGAGCAGUCGAGUUCGGCGUCUCUACGAGAAGGAGUUAGCUCGGGGGUUGAAGCUGGAAAGGCGCAGUAG